AUGGAGUGGAUCCCGUGCAAGGAAAGGGUGGGAACACUGGGCGCUCGUGAGGGACAUUGUGCGACGUGUCUGCUGGAUCCAGCGACCGGAGAGGAGUGGGUGAUGUGUGUUGGAGGUUACUGCGAGGGGGAACGCGAUGGAAGUGUCAUGAUCAGCAAAGUCUUUCCACAGCCAGUUCUUUGCUGGAUUACUGUUGCCGAGCAUCUGCCCUGUUUUGAGUGCGAUGGGGCAUCAUUGACACGUGUUGGUAACCCCACUGAGGCGUACAUGUUUGGCGGACUGGAUGCAAACUUGAAUCGGUGCAAUCGUCUUUUUCGAGUGGGGCUGGAUUUUACAGACAGACUUCCCACUCUUGACGUCAAAGAUCUCCAGACUACCGGAAGCAUUCCUCCACCACGGACACAACACUCGGCGGGGGGAACAGCAACGUAUCUUUUUGUAUUUGGUGGCGAGCAAGACAGCGCAGACCAGAGCAAUGAUAUGUACAUGUUAGACACUGUCACACUCUUGUGGAAAUGUAUCAAGACAGAGGCUCCUGUUCCGCCGCCCCGUCUUCUCGCUGGUCCCCUCUUAUUUAUUUCAUCUCAUGUUUGCGUGCUUUAUGGCGGGGCACAUUUUGUGAAUGGUGACAUUAAGAGCCUAAACGACGUUUGGUUCUGCGAUCUCUCAUCCGCUUGUAUAUGGACGCAGUUAGAAGUAAAUGCUGCUGAUGAGGAUGUUGUUUUUCCAAGGUCCAAUGGCCAUGCGGGUGGCCUGUUCCGCGAAGAAGGGAAGGUGACUGCAGUAUUUGUUGGUGGCAAGGACGCUGUCGAAGGAUGUGACAAGGUGAAGCAGGUGUGUUGGUGCGAAUCAGGGGAAGGCCUGCUUCAAUUGCGCCUGGUGGAGCCAACAUUGAGGUGCCGCGAGGGCCCGCACUGGCGUUACACACCGGCUGUGGUUGAGACUCAUCAAGGAAUCCUGUUGCUCGGUGGACAGUGUCGCCAUCCACAGGACGUGGUAGCGUUCUACCUCAAGUGCGUCGGUGGUAUGGGCUCGUUAUAA